AUGGAGGCCGCGUGGAAGGCCCUGCUGCUGGCCGCCGUGGCCACCUUGGCCACCGCUCAGUCCCUGAGCUUCGAGGAGGCUUUGGCCGGCACCAUCGCCACCUACAACAAAGAGUCCAACUCGGACAAUCUCUUCCGGCUCCACAGACUGCAGCUCCAGGAAGGGACUAGUAACAGCGCCAACAUCUUCCCCGUGAACUUCACCAUCCACGAGACCGUGUGCAGUAAGAAGGAGGAGACGCGCCCCUUGGACCAGUGUGACUUCAAGGAGGGCGGGCUGGUGAGAGAAUGUUCGGGCACCAUCUCCAUGGACAAAGACGAUCCCUCGGUUAACGUCACUUGCAAUGGGCCUGUCCGGACCAAGAGGCGUUUUGGAAGGUUCUUCAAAAAAGUCAAGAAUGCCCUGAAGAAGGGAAUUAAAAAAAUCGGCCGUGGGAUUCAGAAACUGAGCGAGAAGAUUGGAGGGCUGAACUUGAAAUUCCAGGUGCCCUUACCUCAGGGCUAAGCCACAGGCCACUCGGUCA